AUGACACGGCUCGUCGUGCGCGCUCUCGCCGUCGCGCAGCCGUACUUGCGCAACCCGCUCCGCAUCCCGCCGCGGAUUGGCGCCGCCGCGACGCUCUUCGUGCUGUCCUUCUGGUUCCUCUUCGGCGCGGUGACGUCGCUGCUGCGGCUGCUGCUCAAGCCCGCCGACUUCGCCGUCAAUCUCUGCCUCGGCUCCGCACUCCACUACGCCGCCCUCGUCGCGCUGCGCGGCGUUGGACGCCAGCUGCAACUGAUGGCUUCCACCGAGCGGCUUCCAUUCACAAUGGCGACGGCGACGUCCUUCCUCGCGGCGGCGUACGUCGGCCUGCGCGGCGAGCGGCUCGGCUCGCUGAUGCACCUCGCGGCCUUUGGACGCGAGUCGGUCCCGCGGCCGCGCCUCUCGCGGCGCGGCAGCGGCGAGCCGGGCAGCGGCGGCGAGUCGGGUGGCCGCCUCGGGAGGGUCGGAGCGCCGCCCCCGCUGAAGCGAACCGGCUUUUGGGGCGCUCUGGGCCUGGACGAGCCUGCCCUCGGCCCCGCGCAGUUGCAGGCGGCGCGGCGGGCGGCGCUCUCCAGGCUGCACCACCCCGCGGCGCUGCUGCUCUCGCGCGACGCAGAGGCGCGAGAGUCGAGCUGA